AUGGCCUUAGAAGACAUGCCCGGUCUCGAGGUCGCGCAAGCCACGAACAUCCUCGCAAUCAUCGACUUCACCUCCGGUCGAACCAGUUCCGGAUGGCUGAAAAUAGGCCUCGCCGUCCGCGUAGCUCAAGACCUCCAACUCAUGAAGGAGCCGAGCGAGUCGCUGCCCCCCGUGGAGCAGGAGGAGAGGAGGCGGUGUUUCUGGUCCGUCUACCUACUAGACAAGCUCGUGUCUCUCGGUCGGGACCGGCACCUCGCCAUCCUAGACGAGAGCUGCCACGUACAGCUGCCAUGUGACGAGCCAAUGUUCCGCUCUGGCUGCUACGGCCGCGGCGAGCCCGUGACGCUGCACCAGCUGCUCGACUGGAAGACGGACAACUCCGUCGUCCAGGACGGCUUCCGGCUGGCAAUGAUGGCCGGUGCUAUCCUGGGCCGGUGCACCCGGACCCUCUUCCAGGACCUCGGAGCCGAGGCAACGCCGCUGUGGGACUCGCGAUCCGAGUUCGCAUCUAUAGUCUCUCUGCUCCUCCUCUUCGAGUCCCGUCUCCAGCUGGACGGUCACCCCAUCGAACAAGUAGUGGCCGCGAACCGGGUCGGCACAGGAGAUGUGGAUCACCAGGUCGUCGGCCAUGUCGUUUUCGCUCGCACAGUCUACCACUCUUGCUUCUGUCUGCUGUACCAUCCCUUCCUUCUGCAUAAACAGUUGCAGAGACUCGACUGCCGGCCGCCCCCGAGCUUCCUUCAACUCGCCUCCCGGACAAGCUACGACCACGCUCGGAGCAUCGUCGGCCUGUUGCAUGACGCCGAGGCUGCGGGUUGCCACCUCGGGGCCUCUUUCUAUGCGUACUCGGCGUGCCUGGCCGGAAGCACUCUCUCGCUCCACAUGCACGCCGAGGAGCGCACCGGUGGCGAGCGUUCCGCCGAGAUGUUGGGAGCCACUCAGGAGAGCAUCACGAUGCUCGACAAAAUGGGUCGGUUCUGGGACCACGCGUCCAAAAUGCACCAUCAGCUGGUGUCCUUUAAUGCCAACGCCCACCUUCUCACCUCCCUGCUCGAGCCACCACCGCAAGCAGCGUCGAGUAUCGGCCCUGAGUGGGAGGCGGUGCUGUGGUCCAUGGUCGAUUACGGCGCAAUGUGUCGCGAAUCAACCUUGGCCAUCCCCGGUCCGACUCUUCCCGUGACGUCGGAACCACCGCUAUUCUCGGCCUUUAAUCUAGACACGGACGGGGGGCUUGAAGCGGGUCCCGGUGCGAAUCGAAUGCCAGAGGCUGACGAAGCCCUGAUGAGCUUUGACACUCCGAGCAUUACGUAUCUGCUUGAACUGGCGUCUGGAGGUGGCUGA